GCUGGUACAGAUACAGCGCCAGAGCUGGUACAGACACAGCGCCAGAGCUGGUACAGACACAGCGCCAGAGCCGUUCCUCGGGACGAUGAGCAUUUGCUCUGGGAUACGAGUGGGUGACGCCGUGAGCCACUGGUCCCCCCGUCUCCCGGCUCCCACCAUCUGAACCACGCAGGAGACGCCAAACUAAACAUGUAUGGCAACGCUUCGGAGAACAUCACAGCGCCAGAUGCCAUGGACGAGCUGGCCAUCGCCUCGGCGUUUGGUACCAUAUUGUCCAUCAUGUACGUGGCCGGCGUGACGGGCAAUGUGUACACACUGGUGGUGAUGUGUCAGUGCAUGAGGUCCGCUGCCCCCGUCUACAUCUCCAUCGUCAACUUGGCGCUGGCCGAUCUCCUGUAUCUCUCCACCAUCCCAUUCAUCGUCUGCACCUACUUCGCAAAGACCUGGUACUUUGGCGACGUGGGCUGCAGGCUCCUAGUGAGUCUUGACCUCCUCACCAUGCACGCCAGCAUCUUCACCCUCACCUUGAUGUGUACCGAGCGCUAUCUGGCCGUGGCCAAACCCCUGGAAACGGCGAGCCGCUCCAAAGGCUACAGGAAGGCCAUGGCCGGGGCGGUAUGGAUGGUGAGCUUCCUCUUGGCCCUCCCCGUCAUGAGCAUGUUUAAAAUGCAAGAGAGCAGGGUGGAGAACGGGGCCAUCAAGCGGACCUGCGCCAGCACUUGGAGCCAGGAGUUUUACACCGUUUACCUGACUGUACUAUUCAGCACCAGUAUCGUAGCGCCGGGAAUGAUCAUCGGCUACCUCUACACACAGUUAGCAAGGACCUACCUGAAAUCCCAAAGGAAGACGUUGGCAAAGAGCGAGAACAAGCAAGCGUCCAAACAGAGAGUGGUCCUGAUGAUCUUUAGCAUCGUGGUGGUCUUCUGGGCGUGUUUCCUGCCUUUCUGGGUCUGGCAACUUAUCCUUCUCUAUUCCACCAGCCUCAACAUGAGCCAGCGGACUGUAACGUGCAUCAACUAUUUCAUGACCUGCCUGACUUACAGCAACAGUUGCAUUAACCCCUUCCUGUACACGCUGCUGACCAAGAACUACAAAGAGUAUCUGAAACAAAGGCACAAACAGCUCCAGCGAUCAGGAUCCACGUCGUUUAGACGAAACGCCAGCCUGCGGCGAUCUAUUAAAUCCAUCUCUUCAUGGAACCACAAUAGCAAUUCUUCCGAGACUGUGGGCAUGGCUCAUUUGAAAGGGUCGAAGUGACACUGUACGUGUCUAAAAUAUCAUGCUCGCUCAAGCCUUCAGGUAGGAAUUUAAACAUUGUCUGACUGUUUCUUGCACCUUACACUGGGAACAAUC